GAGCUGCGUGACUUGCAGCCCACCCUAUUGGAUGCUGCCACGUAUGCAGAGGAGGCCUAUCUUGUCACGGACCAAAAGGACAUAGAACUCCAUAACGUGAGGGACUAUGCAGUGAGCAUGCUAGUGUCCGUGGUGGACCGCAUUGGCGCUGCGGCCGAUCGCUUCACCGAUGCCGUCUCCCUGCAGGCCAAGGAGAUGGCUGCUGCUGACGUCAGAGUCGCGUCAGCUGCCGAGCGAGUGCGGGCGUGUUGGGAGUACUCAGGGCGCAAUGCACUGAACCGACAGCAGCAACCCAGGGCAACCAGUCACAUGCCCAAGAGCUACCUGCUGCCAGCCGAAGCAGCAGCAGAAGCUUCAACACCAGCACUAGCAGCAGCACGAGCACCAUCAGCAGCACCAGCAUCAGCGGCUGCAGCAGCAGCAAGCAUGGAGCGGGAGUGCUUUCAGUAUGGGUCGGGCUACUCUGCCUCCCCUACGAGAGACCCUCGAGGCUCGUCCCACACAGCCCUCUCCUCCUCGUCACUCCUCUCCUCCAUGCCCCUUGCCCCCCCUUCUGAAAGCCUUCUUGACAGCCUUGCUUCCUCCUCCCUCGUCCCCCGCUCUGCCACGGCUAGUAUGCCAUCCGUCCGUGCGUCUCUCGACUGCUUAGCUGGUCUACCACCCUCCUCCUCCUCCACUUCGUCAUCCUCCUCCUUCCCCUCCUUUUCAUCCUCCUUCCCCUUCUCUACUGUUGCCCACUCCUCAUCAACUCUCUCCAACCCAUCGGCAGCAACACCACACUCUGCUGACAAGAUACUGUCGCGGAAACAAUCGCACUCACACAACCUCUCUCACUCACCCAACCUUGCUCACUCGCCCGACCUCUCACACUCUCACAACCUCUCCCAUUUCUCCAACCUGUCUCGCUCGCACAACCUCUCACAGUCUCACGGGCUCAUGCACUCCCUUUCCCACUCGCUCUCGCAACACAUGGGACACCGAGGCUCGCACGCUCGACAAAGCAAGGAGCCUACCACUCCCAAGGGGCACUUCCCCCUCGUCGCCUCCUCAUUGCACGCUGGAGGGGCUUCAGGUGUUGAUGACGUGGAGGGCAGUGAUAGGAGGUCCACCACGCCACAUCGGCGCGGCCGGCAACUGCUGAAAAAUAUCUUCUCACGCGGUGCUGGUGGUGCUGGUGCUGGUGCUGCUGGUGCCAGUGGUGCGUUAGGGGAUGGUAGUGGCGGUUAUAUGAGCACUCAGAGAGCCCAUGAUCGAGGGUACUCCGGACACCUGUGA